GAUCAUGGAUUCAGAAAACGCGGCGAUUCCCAGCAACCGACUGGCCUCCUACAAACAUGGUUCCAAAACCAACACGGAACUGCGCCAACGUCGCCACGAAGUGACCGUCGAGCUGCGCAAAAACAAAAAGGAGGACCAACUGUUCAAGCGGCGCAACAUCACCGCCGCCGAGGAACCCACGGUCACGUCGCCGCUGCAGGAGAGCAACGCCCAAAGUCCGGUGGCGCUCAAGUUCGAGGAGAUCCUGGCGUUCAUCAACAGUGGCAACCCGCAGAAGGAGUUUAGCGCGGUGCAGGCCGCCCGCAAGAUGCUGAGCCGGGAGAAGAACCCCCCGAUCGAUAAGAUGAUUGGGCUGGGCCUGGUGCCGAUUUGCGUCAAGUUUUUGGAGAAGUUCGAUCGGGUUGAUUUGCAGUUUGAGGCGGCUUGGGCGUUGACCAAUAUUGCGUCGGGGACGUCGGAGCAGACGAAGGCGGUCAUUGAUGCUGGGGCGGUUCCGAAGUUUAUCAAUUUGCUGAGCUCGCCGUCGGGGAAUGUUGCGGAGCAGGCGGUUUGGGCGCUGGGAAAUAUUGCUGGCGAUGGUUCGAAGGCGCGGGAUAUUGUGCUGGAGUACAACAGCGUGGAGUCGAUUAUUUACUUGGUGCAGAACGCGGACACGCAGCUGUCGUUUUUGCGCAACAUUGUUUGGUUGAUGUCGAAUUUGUGCCGGAACAAGAAUCCUCCGCCGCCGUUCAGCCGGGUCGAGCCGAUGAUUCCGAUUCUGUCGCAGCUGCUGGACCAUGAGGACGCACAGGUUCUGGCCGACGCUUGCUGGGCGCUGUCGUACGUCACGGAUGACGACGCGGUCAAGAUUGAGAGUGUGGUCGCUUCGGGGGCGGUUCCGCGGUUGGUGCGGCUGCUGAGUUGCGACAAUCCGGCGAUCAUCACGCCGGCGUUGAGAAGUGUGGGGAACAUCGUCACCGGGAAUGACACCCAGACGGAUGCGGUCAUUGCUGCGGGGUCGUUGCCUGCGCUGGGCAAGUUGCUCCGCAAUAGCAAAAACAGUAUUGUGAAGGAGGCGGCGUGGACCAUUUCUAAUAUUACGGCCGGAAAUCAGCAGCAGAUUGGUCAGGUGUUUGAGUCGGGGAUUCUGCACGUGCUGGUUGAGGUGUUGAUCAAGGGUGACUUCAAGUCCCAGAAGGAGGCGGCUUGGGCCAUCACGAACACGACCACGGGCGGUUCCACAGAGCAGAUCAUCCACCUGGUGGAGAAGUACCCGGUGAUGAAGCCGUACUGCGACCUGCUGGACGCCAAGGACAGCCGCACGGUGCGGGUCGUGCUCAGCGGAAUCGCCAACAUCUUCCAGAUUGCGGAGAAGAUUGGCGGAGCGGAGAACCUGUGCACACUGUUCGAGGAGAUUGGCGCGCUGGACAAACUGGAAGCGCUGCAGAAUCACGAGAACGAAGAAGUGUACAAGAAGGCGUUCCAGCUGAUCGAGACGUACUUCACCGAUGCGGAGGACGUCAACCCCGAGUGCGCCCCCAAGGAAGUGAACGGUGCGUUGGAGUUCAACCCGUCGGCAGCCCAGCAGCAAAGCGGAGAAAAGUUUUCGUUCUAGCGGCGACAUCGCCGCCCUGGCCGUCAUCAAACCCCCCCAGUGCCUUCACCCUAGCCUGCCAGCCUGAAGCAUAAAACGGAAAAAGUGAGAUUAAGACUGGAAAAUUGAAAGUAAUUUUCUGCCCCGCCCGCUCCCUUCUCGGCAACGUUCAAAGUCCGUGACCGGUCACGGCUACUCAUCGUUAUCAUCAUCACCAUCAUCAAGAUCAUUCCCGUGCUUGCCGCGUUGAAACUGAUGCAUUUAUAUCGAAUUUGGCUCUUGUGAUACUCUCGCCGCGCCUCUCACCCUGUUCAGUUUCGUUACGUGCGCUCUGCUUUAGUAAAACUGUAAUUUUUUAAUGUAAAAUUUAA